CGUACGAUCUAACCCCACACUCUCUCUCUCUCUCUCUCCUGAUCUUCCCACGGAAGCAGCAGAGCAGAAGAAGGACCUGAAAUUGUUGCGAAAGCUUUGAUCUCUCGAUCGCUUCUCCGGCCUCCAUUUCAGCGACAAGUCUUUCUCGAGCUCGGCUCGUCAGUUGGAGCUCUUGAAUUUCAUCGCACCACCGAGCAUUCUGCCUUGCGGGUUAUUUCAUUUCAUUCGUCCUAAUCGAGCUUUCCUUAAUUUGCUCGAAUUAGCUGCUGUAGGAAACUCUCCCGCUCCUGUUCGAGCAUUUGAUCUUAGAAUCUCGGUCUUUGUUUCCUGUCGGGUACCCGCUAAGUGUAACUUCGCAACUUAAUGGGAGUCGUUAGAUCUAUCUGAUCGUCACUGAGUGGUCAAAGUUCCUUGUUCCUUGGGAUGUAAAAUUUGCGAAUUUAGUGUAUUUGCUUUGCCGGGGUUCCGUUUUUGAUUGCCCUUGAGCCUUAGCUUGACUGCUGCUUCUUGUUUGUUUUUGUGUUUUUCUUUUUGGGCCAAAUAGCUUGGCUGUUGCUCGUGUCCUUGAAGACCCCCCGCUUUGAUGUUGCUAUGAUACUCUUUCCUGUGAUUACCAUCUGUUGGGAAAAUAAAUGGGCAUUCCUCUGAUUAUUGAUUUUCGAGGGCUACUGGGCUAAUUGAGCAUUCUACAUAUACCCACAAGAGUAUGAGGAAAACUCAGCAUUCUCACACUGCAAGAGCAUUUUCUGAUCGGCGAUGGAUGAUUCCAUUCUUUGCUAGCUUGCUUGUAUUUGCUACUUUGAUCAUGUCAGCAACUAUUGGGCUGUUUACAAUGCCUUACAGCGAAGAUGAGUUGUCAGAUGAUUUUAUUCCAUAUAAUAUAUCGGAGGAUUCAAGCAGUCUGUUUGUAGAGUCUGAUUUACAGAGAUCUCAUUAUCCAAGCGGCCAUGCAAGUGUCGAAGCCCCUAGACUAGCCUAUCUUAUUUCAGGGACCAAGGGCGAUAGUCAUAGAAUGAUGAGAACCUUGCAGGGCGUAUAUCACCCGAGAAACCAAUACAUCCUCCAUUUGGACUUCGAGGCACCACCUCGUGAACGUUUGGAUUUGACGGCGCUGGUUAAGAACGAUCCUACAUUUCGUGAGGUGGAGAAUGUCCGGGUAAUGGAACAGUCUAACUUGAUCACCUAUAAAGGACCUACCAUGAUUGCUUGUACACUUCAAGCAAUUGCCAUAUUGUUAAAGGAGAGCUUGGAGUGGGAUUGGUUUAUCAAUCUCAGUGCUUCAGAUUAUCCUCUGGUGACGCAGGACGAUCUGCUUUACGUGUUCUCCAACGUCUCUAGAAGUCUCAAUUUCAUUGAACAUGAUCGGAUUUCUGGAUGGAAAUUGAAACACAGGUCUAAAUCAAUCAUCAUCGAUCCUGGGCUGUACCUGUCAAAGAAGUAUGAAGUAACUUGGAGCACUCAACGUCGAUCACUUCCAACUGCUUUCAAGUUGUUUACUGGAUCAGCAUGGAUAAUGUUAACUCGUUCUUUUCUUGAGUAUUGCAUAUGGGGAUGGGACAAUUUCCCGCGGACAAUUCUAAUGUACUAUGUUAACUUUAUAUCCUCCCCAGAAGGCUAUUUCCACACUGUUAUUUGCAACAAUGAAGAGUACCGUAAAACUGCUAUCAGCCACGACCUACACUACAUUGCAUGGGACAACCCUCCGAAGCAGCAUCCUCGCUCAUUAUCUGUGAAGGAUUUUGACAAAAUGCUCAAAAGCAAUGCCCCAUUUGCCCGGAAGUUUGAAAAGGAUGAUCCUGUCUUAGAUAGGAUUGACAAAGAGCUUCUUGGGCGAACAGGCCGUUUUGUACCUGGGGCAUGGUGUAUCGGGACCUCGGAUGAUGGGGCCGAUCCAUGCUCCGUGAGGGGCAAUGAUUCUGUAUUUAGGCCAGGUCCGGGUGUCGGGAGAUUGCGGGAGCUACUUCAGGGCUUGUUAUCUGAGGAAUUUCGGAGCAAACAGUGCUCUUGAAAGUGUAAUUGGGAAAAUCAUAACCUCAUCUGUACAUUGGUGUAUAUUCAUAUAGGUCAUACAGCGAUGUAAAACAGAAAAUUUUGUCUGAUGAAAUGAGAUUAUUUUGUCA